GCGAAACACACCGCCCAGUCAGCAAUCCACCUCCUGGGUCCACUGGCCGUGCGGUGAUCGCAACCCCCGCCCCGCCCCGGGCCCGCCCAGCUUCCCACGCCCGCCCAGCGGAGUCGGUGCUGGGGCCACCUGGAGCCGCCUGGAGCCAGCACUGCUGCAGGUUGAUGCGCGGCGCCCUCCCGGGACGCGCGGAGGAGCCAUCUUGAAACCAACUUGGCAAACUUUCGCAAAGUGCUCUCGAAGUGGAAGCUGCGCGGGAGGCCGGGCGCGCGGCCCCCGGUGUCCGUGCCAGGGCCCCCGGGGAGGCAGAGCGCGGGCCGCCCCGAGGGCCGGGCGCCGGGCGCGCGGGAGCCGCCCCCCGGCUGUGCCGGGUGGAUGCGGAGGUGCGCCGGGUGCAUGGAUUGUGCUCCGGCGCCCGGCUCGGGCUGCGGCUCCGGGCCAUGGCGCCGUCACCGCAGCGCGUGCUGCCCGCGCUGGUAUUGCUGGCCGCCGCCGCCCUGCCUGCUCUGGUGCUUGGAGCAGCCGCCUGGGAACAGCGGGUGCCCGGCGGGGCCCGCGCCUUCGCUCUCGGACCGGGCUGGAUCUACAGGUUGGACACCGCGCGCACGUCUCGGGAGCUGCUGGACGUGAGCCGCGAGGGACUGAUGGCGGGGCGGCGGCGUGGGCCAAGCGCAGGGACCAGGGACUGUGCGCGCUUGGCGGGGAGGCUGCUGCCGCUGCAGGUCCGGUUGGUCACCCACGACUCCCCAACGGCCCCGAGCCUGGUACUGAGGGCGCGCACCUACGGUGCCCGUUGUGGGGUCCGGCUGCGGCGCCGCUCGGUCAGCGGUGCGGAGCUGCGCUCUCGAUCUCUCCGCUCAGUGCCUGGGCUCGGUGAUGCGCUCUGCUUCCCAUUCCCAGGUGGCGGCGCAGCCUCGCUGUCUUCGGUGCUCGAGGCCAUCACUACCUUCCCCUCCUGCAGCUGCCCGCCGCUCUCCGGGACCCGCUGCAGACGCACAACCAUCUGUCUGCCGCCGGGAGGCUCAGCGGGCCUGCGCCUGGUGUGCGCCCUGGGUCGCGCUGCUGGCGCCGUCUGGGUAGAACUGGUAAUAGAGGCAACUCCCGGGACUCCCUCAGAGUCGCCCUCGGUGUCUCCAUCGUUGCCUAGCCUGUCCCAGCCCCGGGAGAGGGCGGUGCGACGGUCUAGACGGGGCGCGGGAAGCAGUACGAGCCCGCAGUUUCCGCUGCCCAGUUACCAGGUGUCAGUGCCUGAGAACCAGCCCGCGGGCACUGCGGUCAUAGAACUGCGCGCGCACGACCCAGACGAAGGGGAAGCCGGACGUCUUAGUUACCAGAUGGAGGCGCUGUUCGAUGAGCGCUCCAAUGGUUACUUCCUCAUUGACGUGGCCACGGGCGCAGUGACCACGGCCCGCCCUCUGGACCGCGAGACCAAGGACACUCAUGUACUCAAAGUUAGUGCUGUGGACCAUGGCUCCCCGCGGCGCUCAGCUGCCACCUACCUCACCGUAACUGUCAGUGACACUAAUGACCACAGCCCAGUUUUUGAGCAGUCUGAGUAUCGAGAACGAAUUCGAGAGAACCUCGAGGUGGGCUAUGAGGUGCUGACCAUCCGUGCCACCGACGGAGACGCGCCUUCCAAUGCCAAUAUGCGCUACCGUCUGCUGGAGGGCGCAGGUGGUGUCUUUGAGAUAGACGCACGAUCAGGUGUGGUGCGCACCCGGGCUGUGGUGGACCGGGAGGAAGCCGCUGAGUACCAGCUGCUGGUGGAGGCCAAUGACCAGGGUCGAAAUCCAGGCCCCCUCAGUGCCUCAGCCACCGUCCAUAUAGUGGUCGAAGACGAGAAUGACAACUACCCCCAGUUCAGUGAGAAGCGCUACGUGGUUCAAGUCCCAGAAGAUGUAGCUGUCAACACUGCUGUGCUUCGGGUCCAGGCCACUGACAGGGACCAGGGACAAAAUGCAGCCAUACACUACAGCAUCGUCAGUGGCAACCUGAAGGGCCAGUUCUACCUGCAUUCGCUUAGUGGGAGUCUGGAUGUCAUCAAUCCCCUGGACUUUGAGGCCAUUCGGGAGUAUACCCUGCGGAUCAAGGCGCAGGAUGGGGGUCGGCCUCCUCUCAUUAAUUCCUCAGGGCUGGUCUCAGUGCAGGUGUUAGAUGUGAAUGACAACGCACCCAUCUUUGUGAGUAGCCCUUUCCAGGCGGCUGUGCUGGAGAAUGUGCCCCUGGGGCACUCCGUGCUGCACAUCCAAGCGGUGGAUGCUGAUGCCGGGGAGAACGCCAGGCUGCAGUACCGCCUGGUGGACACAGUUUCGCCUAGCUUGGGGGGCAGCAGUGUUGACCCUGAGAACCCUGCCUCUGCUCCAGACUUCCCCUUCCAGAUCCAUAACAGCUCAGGCUGGAUUACUGUCUGUGCAGAGUUGGACCGUGAGGCUAUAGAACACUAUAGUUUCGGUGUGGAGGCUGUGGACCACGGCUCACCACCCAUGAGCUCCUCUGCCAGCGUGUCCAUCACCGUGUUGGAUGUAAACGAUAAUGACCCCAUGUUCACACAGCCUGUGUACGAGCUGCGACUGAACGAGGAUGCAGCUGUGGGGAGCAGUGUGCUGACGCUUCGAGCCCGAGACCGUGAUGCCAACAGUGUAAUCACCUACCAGCUGACAGGCGGCAACACCCGGAACCGCUUUGCACUCAGCAGCCAGAGCGGUGGUGGCCUCAUCACCUUGGCCCUGCCCCUGGACUACAAGCAGGAACGGCAGUAUGUGCUGGCUGUGACUGCGUCGGAUGGCACGCGGUCACACACUGCACAGGUCUUCAUCAACGUCACUGAUGCUAAUACCCACAGGCCGGUCUUCCAGAGCUCCCACUACACGGUCAGCGUUAGUGAAGACCGGCCCGUGGGUACCUCCAUUGCCACCAUCAGUGCCACAGAUGAGGAUACAGGUGAGAAUGCCCGCAUCACUUAUGUGUUAGAGGACCCAGUACCACAGUUCCGUAUUGACCCGGACACCGGCACCAUCUAUACCAUGACAGAGCUUGACUAUGAGGAUCAGGCAGCCUACACACUGGCCAUCACCGCUCAGGACAAUGGCAUUCCUCAGAAAUCAGACACCACCUCUCUGGAGAUCCUUAUCCUCGAUGCCAAUGACAAUGUGCCCAGGUUCCUGCGGGAUUUUUACCAGGGUUCCGUUUUCGAGGAUGCGCCCCCAUCUACCAGUGUACUCCAGGUCUCUGCUACCGACAGGGACUCGGGCCCUAAUGGCCGCCUCCUUUACACUUUCCAGGGUGGGGAUGAUGGCGAUGGAGACUUCUACAUUGAACCCACAUCUGGUGUGAUCCGUACCCAGCGCCGGCUGGACAGAGAGAACGUGGCCGUGUACAACCUUCGCGCUCUAGCUGUAGAUCGGGGGAACCCUAGUCCCCUUAGUGCGUCAGUGGAGGUCCAGGUGACUGUCUUGGACAUUAACGACAACCCCCCAGUGUUUGAGAAGGACGAGCUGGAGCUGCUUGUGGAGGAGAACAGCCCCGUGGGUUCAGUGGUGGCGAGAAUAAGAGCCAGUGACCCAGACGAGGGCCCAAAUGCCCAGAUUAUGUAUCAGAUUGUGGAGGGCAACGUGCCUGAGGUCUUCCAGCUGGAUCUACUGAGUGGUGACCUCCGUGCCCUGGUCGAGCUGGAUUUUGAGGUCCGGAGGGACUAUAUGCUGGUGGUGCAGGCCACUUCUGCUCCUCUAGUGAACCGGGCUACCGUGCACAUCCGUCUCCUGGACCAGAAUGACAAUCCCCCAGAGCUGCCUGACUUCCAGAUCCUCUUCAAUAACUAUGUCACCAAUAAAUCCAACAGCUUCCCCAGUGGUGUGAUCGGCCGCAUCCCAGCCCAUGAUCCUGACCUAUCGGACAGCCUCAACUACACCUUUCUGCAGGGCAAUGAGCUGAGCCUGCUGCUGCUGGAUCCCACCACAGGAGAGCUGCAGCUCAGCAGGGACCUGGACAACAAUCGGCCACUGGAGGCGCUUAUGGAGGUGUCUGUGUCAGAUGGCAUCCACAGUGUCACGGCUCUCUGCACUUUGCGGGUAACCAUCAUCACAGAUGACAUGCUGACCAACAGCAUCACCGUCCGCCUAGAGAACAUGUCACAGGAGAAGUUCCUGUCCCCGCUGCUAUCCCUCUUUGUAGAAGGCGUGGCCACAGUACUGUCCACCACCAAGGAUGACAUCUUCGUCUUCAACAUCCAGAAUGACACAGACGUCAGCUCCAACAUCCUGAACGUGACCUUCUCAGCGCUGCUUCCUGGUGGCGCUCGUGGCCGCUUCUUCCCAUCCGAGGACCUGCAGGAGCAGAUAUACCUCAACCGGACACUGUUGACCACCAUCUCUGCCCAGCGCGUGCUGCCCUUUGAUGACAACAUCUGCCUGCGGGAGCCCUGUGAGAACUACAUGAAGUGUGUGUCCGUGCUGAGGUUCGACAGCUCGGCACCCUUCAUCAGCUCUACCACGGUGCUCUUCCGACCCAUCCAUCCCAUCACUGGCCUGCGCUGCCGCUGCCCCCCAGGCUUCACCGGCGACUACUGCGAGACUGAAAUUGACCUUUGCUACUCCAGCCCAUGUGGAGCCAACGGCCGGUGCCGGAGCCGAGAGGGUGGCUACACUUGCGAGUGCUUUGAGGACUUUACUGGGGAGCAUUGCCAGGUGAACGUUCGCUCAGGCCGCUGUGCCAGUGGCGUGUGCAAAAACGGGGGUACCUGUGUGAACCUGCUCAUUGGAGGCUUCCACUGCGUAUGCCCGCCUGGCGAGUAUGAGCAUCCCUACUGCGAAGUCAGCACCAGGAGCUUCCCGCCCCAGUCCUUUGUCACCUUCCGCGGCUUGCGGCAGCGUUUCCACUUCACCGUCUCCCUUUCGUUUGCCACCCAAGACAGGAACGCCCUGCUGCUCUACAAUGGCCGCUUCAAUGAGAAGCAUGACUUCAUCGCCCUGGAGAUUGUGGAGGAGCAGCUGCAGCUCACGUUCUCAGCAGGUGAGACCACAACCACGGUGACCCCGCAGGUUCCUGGCGGUGUGAGUGAUGGGCGGUGGCAUUCGGUGCUGGUGCAGUACUACAACAAGCCCAACAUCGGCCACCUGGGCCUGCCGCAUGGGCCAUCGGGAGAGAAGGUGGCCGUGGUAACGGUGGAUGACUGUGACGCUGCUGUGGCCGUGCACUUUGGAAGUUAUGUUGGGAACUACAGCUGUGCUGCCCAGGGCACUCAGAGUGGCUCCAAGAAGUCACUGGAUCUGACUGGACCUCUGCUCCUGGGUGGUGUCCCCAACCUGCCAGAAGACUUCCCCGUGCAUAGCCGGCAGUUUGUGGGAUGCAUGCGGAACCUGUCCGUCGAUGGCAGGAUUGUGGACAUGGCUGCAUUCAUUGCCAACAAUGGCACCAGGGCAGGCUGUGCUUCUCAGAGGAACUUCUGCGAUGGGAUCUCAUGCCAGAACGGGGGUACCUGUGUGAAUAGGUGGAACACGUACCUGUGUGACUGUCCUCUGCGCUUCGGUGGGAAGAACUGCGAACAAGUUAUGCCACAUCCGCAGCGCUUCAGUGGCGAGAGCGUUGUGUCCUGGAGUGACCUCGAUAUCACCAUCUCUGUGCCUUGGUACCUGGGGCUCAUGUUCCGGACCCGGAAGGAGGAUGGUGUGCUGAUGGAAGCCACAGCCGGCACAUCUUCCAAACUCCAUCUCCAGAUUCUCAACAGCUACAUCCAAUUCGAGGUCUCCCAUGGCCCUUCCGACGUGGCAUCCAUGCAGCUGUCCAAGUCCCGGGUAACCGACGGAGAAUGGCACCACGUGCUGAUAGAACUGAGGAGUGCCAAGGAGGGCAAGGACAUCAAAUACCUGGCCGUCAUGACCUUGGACUAUGGGAUGGACCAAAGCACAGUGCAAAUUGGGAACCAGCUUCCGGGGUUAAAGAUGCGGACUAUCGUCAUCGGAGGUGUGUCUGAGGACAAGUUGUCCGUGCGCCAUGGUUUCCGAGGCUGUAUGCAGGGCGUGAGGAUGGGGGAGACGUCUACCAACAUUGCCACCCUGAACAUGAAUGACGCCCUCAAGGUCAGGGUAAAGGACGGUUGUGACGUGGAGGACCCGUGUGCCUCAGACCCCUGCCCUCCACACAGCCACUGCCGUGACACCUGGGAUAGCUACUCCUGCAUCUGCGACAGAGGGUACUUUGGAAGAAAGUGUGUGGACGCGUGUCUCCUGAAUCCCUGCAAGCAUGUAGCAGCGUGUGUGCGCGCCCCCAACAGUCCCCGAGGCUACUCCUGCGAAUGCGGGCCCGGCCACUAUGGGCAGUACUGUGAGAACAAAGUCGACCUUCCAUGCCCCAAAGGCUGGUGGGGGAACCCGGUGUGUGGCCCCUGUCACUGUGCCGUCAGUCAAGGCUUUGAUCCAGACUGCAACAAGACCAAUGGCCAAUGCCAGUGCAAGGAGAAUUACUACAAGCCCCCAGCCCAGGAUGCCUGCCUUCCCUGUGACUGCUUCCCCCAUGGCUCCCACAGCCGUGCCUGCGACAUGGACACUGGGCAGUGUGCCUGCAAGCCUGGCGUUAUCGGCCGCCAGUGCAACCGCUGUGAUAACCCCUUUGCCGAGGUCACCUCACUUGGUUGUGAAGUGAUCUACAAUGGGUGUCCCAGAGCAUUUGAGGCUGGCAUCUGGUGGCCACAGACGAAAUUUGGACAGCCAGCAGCGGUGCCAUGCCCCAAAGGAUCAGUGGGCAAUGCAGUUCGGCACUGCAGCGGGGAGAAGGGCUGGCUUCCCCCAGAGCUCUUCAACUGUACCUCAGGCUCCUUUGUGGAUCUCAAGGCCAUGAAUGAGAAGCUGAGCCGCAACGAGACAAGGAUGGAUGGAGACAGGUCCCUGAGGCUGGCAAAGGCGCUGAGGAACGCCACACAGCGCAAUGGCACACUCUUUGGCAAUGAUGUGCGCACUGCCUACCAGCUGCUGGCCCGCAUCCUCCAGCAUGAGAGCCACCAACAGGGUUUCGACUUGGCAGCCACUCGGGAGGCUAAUUUCCACGAGGAUGUUGUCCAGACGGGCAGUGCCCUCCUGGCCCCGGCUACCCAGGCAUCGUGGGAACAGAUCCAGCGAAGUGAGGGCGGCGCCGCACAGCUCCUGAGGCACUUCGAGGCGUACUUCAGCAACGUGGCACGGAAUGUGAAAAGGACCUAUCUGAGACCCUUCAUCAUCAUCACCGCCAACAUGAUUCUUGCAGUUGAUGUCUUCGACAAGUUUAACUUCACCGGUGCCCAGGUGCCAAGGUUUGAGAACAUUCGGGAAGAGUUCCCAAGGGAGUUGGAGUCCUCCGUGUCCUUCCCAGCUGACACCUUCAAACCACCAGAGAAAAAAGAAAGCCCCACAGUGAGGCUGGGCAACCGAAGGGCUGCACCACAGACGCCACAACCAGAAGCCAGGGCUGAGAGAGAAACCUCAUUCAGCAGACAGAGGAGACACCCCGACGAGCCUGGCCAGUUUGCCAUUGCCCUGGUCAUCAUUUACCGGACUCUGGGUCAGCUGCUGCCUGAACACUAUGACCCGGAUCACCGCAGCCUCCGAUUGCCUAACCGGCCCGUCAUCAACACCCCAGUUGUGAGUGCCAUGGUGUACAGUGAGGGGACCCCACUCCCCUCUCUGCAGAGGCCCGUCUUGGUGGAAUUUGCCUUGUUGGAGACGGAGGAGCGAAGCAAGCCUGUCUGUGUAUUCUGGAACCACUCCCUUGACAUUGGUGGGACUGGAGGGUGGUCAGCCAAGGGCUGUGAGCUGCUGUCAAGGAACCGGACCCAUGUCACCUGCCAGUGUAGCCACUCGACCAGCUGCGCGGUGCUCAUGGACAUUUCAAGGCGUGAGCAUGGCGAGGUUCUGCCUCUGAAGAUCAUCACCUAUGCCGCCCUGUCCUUGUCCCUGGUGGCCCUCCUGGUGGCCUUUGUCCUGCUCUCCCUCGUCCGGACACUGCGCUCCAACCUACACAGCAUCCACAAGAACCUCAUUGGGGCGCUCUUCUUCUCUCAGCUCAUCUUCCUGGUCGGGAUCAACCAGACCGAGAACCCGUUUCUCUGCACGGUUGUCGCCAUCCUCCUGCAUUAUGCCUCCAUGAGCACCUUUGCCUGGACCCUGGUGGAGAACUUGCAUGUCUACCGCAUGCUGACCGAAGUACGCAACAUCGACACGGGGCCCAUGAGGUUCUACCAUGUGGUGGGCUGGGGCAUCCCUGCCAUUGUCACAGGACUGGCUGUUGGCCUGGACCCUCAGGGCUACGGGAACCCUGACUUCUGCUGGCUGUCCCUUCAGGACAGCCUGAUCUGGAGCUUUGCUGGGCCUGUAGGAAUGGUUAUAAUCAUCAACACAGUCAUCUUCGUCCUGUCUGCCAAGGUUGCCUGCCAGAGAAAGCGCCAUUAUUAUGAGAGAAAGGGGGUUGUCUCCCUGCUGAGGACCGCCUUCCUCCUCCUGCUGCUUGUCAGUGCCACCUGGCUGCUGGGACUACUGGCUGUAAACAGUGACACCCUGAGUUUCCAUUACCUCUUUGCUGCCUUCAGCUGCUUGCAGGGCCUCUUUGUCCUCCUGUUCCACUGCGUGACCCACAGGGAGGUACGGAAGCACCUGAGGGCAGUGCUGGCUGGGAAGAAGCUGCACCUGGAUGACUCAGCCGCCACAAGGGCCACCUUGCUAACGCGAUCCCUCAACUGCAACAACACAUACAGCGAAGGACCAGACAUGCUCCGCACGGCCCUGGGCGAGUCCACAGCCUCUCUGGACAGUACCACCAGGGAUGAAGGGGUCCAGAAGCUCAGUGUGUCCUCUGGACCAGCACGUGGUAGCCAUGGAGAACCAGAUACAUCCUUCAUCCCUAGGAACUCUAAGAAACCUCAUGGCCCUGACUCUGACUCCGACAGUGAACUGUCCCUGGAUGAGCACAGCAGCUCCUACGCCUCUUCACACUCAUCGGACAGCGAGGACGAUGGUGGAGAUGCUGAAGACAAAUGGAAUCCGGCUGGGGGCCCCAUCCACAGCACCCCAAAAGAUGCUCUAGCCAACCAUGUCCAAGCUGGCUGGCCCGAUGAGAGCCUGGCUGGGAGCGACAGUGAGGAGCUGGAUGCGGAGCCCCACCUGAAGGUGGAGACCAAGGUCAGCGUGGAGCUGCACCGGCAGGCACAGGGCAAUCACUGUGGCGACCGGCCCCCUGACCUGGAAAGUGGGGUCCUGGCAAAGCCAGUGGCUGUGCUCAGCAGCCAGCCCCAGGAGCAACGGAAAGGCAUCCUGAAAAACAAAGUCACCUACCCGCCACCGCUACCAGAGCAGCCGCUGAAGUGCCGGCUGCGAGAGAAGCUGGCCGACUGUGAGCAAAGCCCCUCGUCAUCCCGCACAUCCUCCCUCGGCUCCGGUGAUGGCGUCCGUGCCACCGACUGUGUCAUUACCAUCAAGACUCCAAGGAGGGAGCCAGGCCGUGAACACCUCAAUGGGGUGGCCAUGAAUGUAUGCACAGGGAGUGCUCAGGCCAAUGGCUCUGACUCGGAGAAACCAUGAGGCACAGUCAACCCUACAGACUGCCAGUCAAGCCCUGGGACCUAGACGCAGACAGGCCCUUGGUAUGAGGGUCCCUGCAACAGCAGCUGGCUCUACACGGAAUGUUCAGAUGGGAAGCUCAGGGCCCAUCAGACUAUGUGACAAGUGCCAAAGUCACAGGCAUGUCUCAAGAGGGAGACACAGACUUUAGGCAGGCAUGGCUCCGUCCUCAGACUGCAGACAGAACCCAAACUAUGCUGCUGACCUGGCCACAAGAGGCCUAGACAGAAGCCACAGAGCCCAAGCUAGCCGCGGUGAAUCACUAUGCCAGGCCCUUCAGCCUGCCAGAGUUCAGAUACUGGACACAGGCCAAGGCCCAGCUCUCCUCACAGCACAAGCCUAUAGUCACCAGCCUGAGUCUCUGCAAAGGUACCCUGUGUCUUAAAUUGCUGUUUAAAGUUGUAAAUACGUAUAAAUCUGUCCUGGACUUGGAGAAGAUGGGAACCUAUGUAUAUUUUACAACGUCCUGACUUUGCUUACACUGGAGAGCCAUGAAAUGGCAUCUCAAUAUAUUGCCCAAGGAGGCCUACACAGUUGUACUUAUGUCUGGAAGAAUCAACACAGCUGGUCCCAGUGCCCAGGCAGGAAGGACAAGGGCGCUGAUGUUGAUAUAGUCAUCACAAACUCCAGCAACUGCUUCCAGCAAGCAGGGAGUGUGGUGUUCUGCUGGCCUUCAGAGCACACAAAUGUGUGCACUCUCCAGGAUGGGGCUGGCCUGUGAAGUGUGACUGCCACUGCUGGUUUCACACAGGGUGAAAUCCCCAGCACUCUGCCACUCCCACACCCUUGUGCCAGCUCUACUCCUGAUACAGAGGGGCUUCUCUGGAGCAUCCCUGUCAGCCCAGUACUGCGGGAGAGAAUUUCUUUGUCCCUGCUCCUGCUCCCCAUAGGAUCUCAGAGGAAUCAUGUUCCUGAGUCAGAGGGACCCCUGAGGUCUUCCAGAAUGUCACAUUCCUUCCUGCCAAUGUUCUACUCUUUCAAACUCCAGAGCUCUCUGGGCAGGCAGGGGCUCCACCCCCGAAAUCUGACCAAUGACAUCACUUUGCUUUAAGUGGCCAAUUGUGCAGAGAAACAAAGCCACAGUCCCAGUUUUCAAUGGUUAGCAAAUUCUUUUUGGAAACUCACACCAAGGGCUACUGUGAUCAGGCCGCCACAAGCCACCGUGCGGCCAAGCCCAAGAAGAGAUGGGGCCCAGAGUUACUGACACACUUCAGCACUCAUUGCUGUUGGAAUCGGGUGGACAUGAGCUGCACAGCUGCUGGCGAAUGGGAGAAACCAGGGCGUCAAAUGCGACGACUUUCACACCAUGCUGCACGCUGAGAGAUCAGAACUGCUAAUGAUUGACUCGUGUCAGAGGAAAGCCCACAUGAUGUGGUCUGAGGUCACUCAUUACCACGAGGCUGAAGGGAGGCCCAGGCGGCCUCUGAGGAUGCAAGGACACAAAGAAUGAAACACAGGGAGCUUCAGUCUCCAGGAGCUGGAGCACUGUGAUUGCUCCCAAUGCCGCAGCUCCACGCCACCCCAGAAGGUGGAGUUUUUAAUUUGAUCAUAACUGUUACAAAAACAAAACAAGCUGUCAGUUUUAAACUGUUUUUAUGACCUAAGACUACAGGUUCAACACUGGAGGUUUUUAACAAGUGUAUUUAUUACUGUUCGGCACUGGGUGACAACACAGGUGAGACACAGCUAUAAUAAAUUAAAAUUUGUGGAUUU